GCAUACGGGCAUAUGGUCUUGUAUUUUAUCGACGACUUUGUAUCUACUGUACUGCAAUCACUGUUCUUGGCGCCAUCGCGUGAAGGCCUGUACAGCUCCUUUCCUUUCGGCUUUCGCCGACACGGGAAGUUAAGAUCCGUGCAGAAAGCUGUUCCCGAUGUAGACCGCGCUGCAAAGAUGACCUUGGAGCAGGUAGGACUACCAGGAAGGCAGCGUCUAGAUAUCAGUAUCAUAAUGGAAGCGCUACACCCAAACUAACCAUAUGGAAGUGCCAAUGAACGGAGCCAAGACGUGAACGGUGCUCGACUCGCCAGCGAAAAUUGGAGUGGAAAGACUUCAAUAACGUCCGCAUUGAGCAGGCCGAUGAAACUCGGAUGAUCAUGAUGA